UCGGAUGAAAAAAAUAAAUGGCGGACGAGCGCGUAAACAUAAGACACAAAUAAACACGUUACAAAGCAAGGUAAACAUAAUCGAUUAGACCAAGAAAGGCAUGACAGGUGUCUGGCUGCAAUGUAAGCCUGGCCUGCCGCUAAACUCUCCAUGCUGUUUCGCUCAGGGUUUCCUAAUGCUAAUGUUUGUAAUCAGGUCAACGAGCUAGCAUGCGACCUAGCAUGCUAAACUAGCAUACAGGGCGCAUUUGCGUAUGUUUGUGUGCAUGUUGAACGUAAAAGGCGUGCAUGCCGCGUUUCCUCAGUGCCUUUUUAUAUUUCAUAUUUGAAGGUCCCCCUUAAAGAAAAAUAAUAAUAAUGUUACUGUUAUCCCACAGCCUUCACUUAAAUUAAUAUUUCAUGUAAAUAUAAUCCGUCGAGGGCGGAGGAGGGGUCGCGUGCGCUUGAGUUGCUUUGUGUGUUAUGAAUGGGGCUCCAAAACAUCCAGGAACUUGAACCUUGCAUGACGGUUUUCAAUAACUGCGUUUUAUGUAAAUGUCGCAAAGAGUGGACGUUUUUAUUUGUCUUAUUUGAAAGGCGAGUGUAGCAGGGGGAGGACGGGGUACCUGCCCGGGCGCUCUCGUGCUAGUAGUAGUAGUAAUCUAUUCGUUACAAUCCGUGCUGCUUAGUUAGGAAAACGAGGAGCGGGUCGCUUUAAUUUGGACGCCGUCCCCCCUUGACGGUGGAAAAAGGCGCACUUCUGUGUUCAUCCCAAAAGAAAGAAUGGUGGAAAACGGUUAUGAAGUUUUAAGUUUUUCUUAAGAUCGGAGGCCGCUGGCGUUUUGUCGGUCAGUUUGGUUGGAGCAUGAAGAAACCUGUGCCACAGAAAGCCACCGAGUGGAAAGAUACCCAAAAGAUCAAGCAUGCGCGGAGUGGGCGACCCUCCCGAGUGCCCUCACAGUACCAGGCGGAGCAUUUUUGUUGGGAGAAAUACCUGAAAGAGACAGGAGCUAUUCCAGCCCCCCCAUCGUGUUUCAGACAGAGCCUCACACCCCCGGCUAACGAGUUCAAGGCCGGGAUGAAGCUGGAGGCCCAGGACCCGCGCAACACCACAUCCACCUGCAUCGCCACUGUGGUGGGGCUGACGGGUUCGCGCCUGCGGCUGCGCUUGGAUGGCUCUGACAACAAGAAUGACUUCUGGCGCCUGGUGGAUUCCUCGGAGAUCCAGCCAAUAGGCAGCUGUGAAAAGAGCGGAGGCAUGCUGCAGCCACCACUGGGUUUUCGUCUGAAUGCAUCCUCUUGGCCCAUGUUUCUGCUGAAGACUCUAAAUGGCGCUGAAAUGGCUCCCCCUCGCAUUUUCCAUAAGCAGCAGCCUCCAGCUCCAGAACAGAACUCCUUCAAAGUGGGCAUGAAGCUGGAGGCCGUGGACCGCAAAAAUCCACACUACAUCUGCCCGGCCACAGUGGGCGCUUUGCGCGGUGUCGAGGUGCUGGUCACCUUUGAUGGAUGGCGUGGAGCCUUUGAUUACUACUGUCGCUACGACUCCAGAGACAUCUUCCCGGUUGGCUGGUGUACCCUCACUGGAGACAACCUUCAGCCCCCCGGCACCAAAGUGGUGCUGCCUAGGAGCCCCGAGACACCAACAGACGGAGGUGUGGAGAACGCAGCCAUGAAUCCCACCCUCCCGGUGGGCAGACCUCCAGGUCAGAGAGGACGUAAGCCGGGUCGCAGGAAAACCAAGGUGACGGCGCCCUGGGGUCAGAAGGCAUCUGACCUGGAAGCGCUGAGCAUCCAGCCUGGCAAAAGUCUGGAGCCUGUUAAGAUCUCCAAGAAGCGGGGGCCGAAGCCGGGCAGCAAGAUGGGUUGGGCUAAAAGAGCCAGCUGGUUGGAACAGGCCACGGCUGGUCCGGGCCGGCCGGUGACCGGACUCGGACGAACCAGAGGAAGACUGCCGGCUAACUGGGUACAGAGGAUAGCCCUGCAGCAGGCCCAGAGUGAACCCAUCAAGAUCCCAAAGAAAAGAGGGCCCAAGCCUGGCAGCAAGAGAAAACCCAAACUGGUGCCUAAUCCAGCCCCAACCUCCCCCACCAGCAGCACUCCAGAGCCGGACACCAGCACUGUGCCCCUGGACAACGCCACAAUCCCCAACUCUGCUCUGCAGGCUCCCACAGUGUGUGUGUACCUCAACAAGUACGGCAAGGUGGGGCCCCAUCUGGACCAGAGGCGCAUCCUGCAGCUUCCCGACCACUUUGGUCCAGGCCGAGCCUCAUCGGUGCUCCAGCAGUGCGUUCAGGCUUGUGUAGACUCCGCCCACAAUCAAGCGACAGUCUUUUCCUGCCUGAAGUCUGGACAGGGAGGUGAAGUCGUAUCAGCCUUCUUUGACCAGCGGCAGCACACCCUGACCCUGCCGACGGUCAGCAGUGUCACCUACGUCCUCCGCUUCCUGGAAAAACUCUGCCACAACCUUCACUGUGAUGCCCUCUUUGGGAGCCAGCCUGUAGCCAGAGGAAGUCUGCACUACAACAGCCACUCGUACAGCGCAGAGCGUAAGAGUUUUGGAGACCGUCUGACGGCAGAACGAAGCACCAAGCACUUCCUUCAGGAUUUCAACAGCCCUCUAUCUCAGAAAAUAGCUAAACUCCCCAGACUCUCCACUGAUGGCGAGUCUUUCUCUGUGAACAAGCAAACGGCUGCAGAGCACUUAAAGAAGAGUCCCCUUUUUCCAAAUUCUCCGACGCUGUCCCCUGUCCUCAGAUUGUCCUCAAAGGUGCUGCAUCAUAGCAACUCUACAGGAUCCGGUAGUUUUAGGGAAAGCCCCAAGCCCAGCAACCAGGAUGCAAACCUGUGGACUGUAGAAGAAGUCAUGCAGUAUAUUAGAGACAUUGACCCGGUGCUGGCUCCACAUGCUGACCUCUUCAGAAAACACGAGAUCGAUGGCAAAGCCCUCCUGUUGCUGCGCAGCGACAUGAUCAUGAAAUACAUGGGUUUGAAGCUUGGCCCUGCGCUCAAACUCAUCUUCCACAUCGACAAGCUCAAAAAAGCUUGAUCCGCUGGUCAUCUUCUAACAAAGAGGCUUUCUUCUGCACUCAGUGUUUUUGGGUCCGUUUUCUAUUCUCAUGGAAUGAAGAAUGGGCUUUUUUGUGUGUAGCACAAUUCAGCUGCAAGGCAGCAUGGGAUAUGUAGUAAGUACCCCUUAUCCUUUUUUUAAUUUUAGGUUUAUUUUGAAGACUCGUGUGGCCAAUUCAACUAAUAAUACGUGUUACAGCAUUUUAUGCCGUUACAUUUAAUAAAUGCAUUUUGUGUUUUGUACCUUUUUAAAAAUAUUGACUCGUAUUUUUCGAUGUUUUGUGUUGGGAUGGAGAAAAGAAGACACUACAUUCAUCCCAGUAAUUGGGAGUUCUGAUUAGUCUGACUUUAAGGCUCUAUUUUGAAACAACCAGAUCAACUCUUGUGACAGCACUGUUUCAUUGAAGAAAAACAUAUUUUAUUUUGAAAAUACUGCCAGGUGUUGCUCUUUUUUUAAUGUUAAUGUUUUUGUACAUUUAUGUUUGUAUUUGUACUUUUUAUAUUUGAUACUAUAUUAUUAGACUCAUUGAGGACAGCCUUUUUGUCCCUAACUCUUAAUAAAUAUAUAAUAUUUCAAACAUU